UAAUUUCGUCAAGGGGUACGGUAGACUGGAUCGAAACCUUAUAUGAAUAACAAAGCAUAAAAAAAUAUCGAUUUUGAGUCGACAACAUAUAUCCGCAAAAUUCGGAUAAUAGAGAAUUUCAUUAAAUUCCGAUGGCACUGACAAACAAUUUCAAACAAACCGCUGUCGCCAUCUUUAGUAGUUCACUAUCCACUCACUACUCACUGUGCGAUCAGCGCCAAAACCUUACUACCUCUUUGCUGGGUUGUCAUCGAUCCAUAAAUAAAUGCGUUUCGCGAUUUUUAUGAUACACUCUUUGUUAAGUGUUUUUUCUUUUAACCUUAUAUUGGCCGAUUCAACCACAGAAAAAGAAUAUUAGCCAUAACCAUAAAAGUUGAAGUUCAAAUGUCAAUGUCAUUUAGUUUCGCACAGUGAUAAAUUCCAGUGACAUGCAAUUUUUGUAAUGGCAAAAUAUUUGUAAGAAACUGCAAACAAAUUCAAAUGUGUAGUCGAUGUGUGGAAUGCGACAACAUUAUACUCGAUAAUUUCAAUUAUUGCGAGUGUUGUGGCUUAGAAAGAAUUAGGCAGUUAAGAAUAAACAAGGCUCGGGCACUAUCAAACCUUUUUCCUAAAAAGCAAAAAGCUGCUUCUGCUGCAUCACAAGAUUUAUUUGAUGACUUUCAGGUUGAUAACGAAGAGUUGACGCUAAUCGAGGAUUCAUUGAUGAUUGAUGAUGCUUCUUCGGACAACAAGAAAAAACAGCAACUGUCAGUCAGCAGUGAUGAUGCUUCUUCGAACAACAAGGAAAAACAGCUGCUGUCAGUCAGCAGUGAUUUUAUUUCUUUAGAAGAAGAAGAGAAAGAAAACAUAUCAAAUGGCGGGCAAACCCCCAAAAAAACGUAAAUAUUCAAGCAGGUUUAGUACAGAAUAUCAGCCCCCCAGGACUAACUAUUUAUAUUUAGUACUUUCAAAUAACACCAUUCAAGUAUCAGUACAUUCAGUUGGUUCUAUGAUUUAUGAAUGUGUUCAAUGUCAAGCACUUCCUUUUUUAAGUGAAAAAAUUAAAAAUCAUUUUAAAAAUUGUUGUCAUAAUGGGAAGGUAUACAUAGAUCCAGAAAUAUUAUUAGAUUAUACAAAGGCAAUACGUCUGAUGCUAAUCAUUUUAAGGUUAAUAUAAGACUAUAUAAUUCAGCAUUUGCAAUGGCAUCCAUUAAUUAAAACUUGAACACAUUCCCUCCAGGAUUUUUCACUUAUAGGGUACAAGGACAAAUUUAUAUAAAAACUGGAUCUAUGGUUCCGUUGCAAGAUCAUAAACCACAAUACAACCAAUUGUAUAUAAUUGAAGAUGAAGCAGCCUUAAAUGAAAGAUUAUCUGAUUCUAGAAAUAACAUAUGUAAAAGCAAUAUAAUGAGGUCCUUACAAACAAUGCUCAAUGAAUUCAAUCCUUUUGUCAAAGUAUACAAAAAGGUGGCUGCAAUUUUAGCAGAAGAGGA